GAUAGAUCUUGGCGAGGAAGAGCCGCGCAACAAGAUAUGUAACCCUUUUACCUUGAACACUCCAGCCCUCCGUUCCCUCUAGCCCACACCAAUCAUCUAGAAGUCUCGUGUAUCUGCAGGGCGCUUCCAGAGUCGUUUACUCCAUUCAUCCGCCCCUGUUCGCCAUGUCGAAGCUAAAUCAGGAUCUUGUGGUCGUGGCCACUGUCCAGUGGGACUCUCAAGAAAUCGACAUCAUUCGAAAAGCAUUUGAGCCAGCCGAGUUUGUUCAUAUCCGCAGAGGCGAGCAGCACAUUUUUGACCAGGCCAUUAAGCGUGCCCAAAUUGCCAUAUUGGCCAGCGACGUCACCCCAGGCAUGCUUUCUGAUGCGCCAAAUCUGAUCUGGAUUCAUUGUGAUCACGCUGGUCUCAACAAAUCGGCCCGCCCCGAGGUGUUUGAGCGAGGCCUAGUCAUCACCAGUUCAGCGGGCCGCUCAUCACCUGCACUUGCUCAGCAUGCCUUUUUCUUCGCUCUUUCAUUAAGGUACGACUCCAGGGGCUUGUUCCAGCGUCAGGUGUCCUGUCAGUGGCAUAAUGGACGUGAGGAGCUGCGCCUGCGGGGUGCUCUUUGGGGCCAGAGCUUGGGCAUCCUGGGCUUUGGCAAUACGGGUAAGGAGAUGGCCCUGUUGGGCAGAGCCUUUGGCAUGCACGUUACCGUUAUUAAACGAAGAAAGCUCAGUGGCGACUCCAAGCUACCUGAUAACGUCGACGUCAUGCUGAGUACCGAGAAUGGAGACAGUAUAGAGGGACUUCUUGGGUGCGAUGUUGUAAUGCUCGCAGCUAGCCUCACCGACGAGACAUAUCAUCUGUUUGGAGCGACUCAGUUCAGGCAGAUGAAGCCAUCCUCUGUCAUCAUUAACAUGGGGAGAGGCUCAUUGAUUGAUGAAACCGCUUUGGUAACCGCCCUGAAGGCUGGCGAAAUUGCGGGAGCUGGACUUGAUGUAUUCGAAGUUGAGCCAUUGCCCGAGCAGUCCCCUCUGUGGAAGUUACCCAAUGUGGUUAUCACGCCUCACUCGACGCCGGGAAUGCCAGAUCGCACGGCUCGGUCUAUAGAGAUCAUCUGUGACAACAUCCGGCGGUUCAAAAACAACCAGCCGUUACUCAACGCAUUAGAACAGGGCGAUAUCUAUACUAAGGGUCUUUAACCUGAUGGUCUAAUGAGUUUAGACUGAAUAUACCCAUACAAAUAUACAUAUACUACGCGCUG